AUGAUAAGUAUUCAAACAGUGCAUAGUACAAAUAAGAUAAAUUUUUUAAUAAAAGGAAAAUUUAUUAAGAAUAAUGAAAAAGAAGUACUACUCGCAGCAAAGGAUUGCUAUCUAGAGUUGCUGACAAGCAAUUAUGGAGAAAGCAUAUAUGUACAGAAUACUUUUUUAAAAAUAAUAUUUUUACAAGUUGUCAAAAGUAAACACUUUGAUCGUUUUAUUGUGGUAGAUGAAAAAUUAAAUGUUCGUAUUUUAGAAUAUGAUAAUGGUUUUAUAGAGUACUAUUUUAUCGAUAAUUUAUUUGUAGAAAAUUUAAAGUUAUAUAAAGAAUAUUUGAAAAGCACCAAGACAGAAAGUACGUGUUUUAUAAUAGAAGAAGAUUACCACAAAUAUAUUAAUAUAUGUAAUAUUAAUGAUAUCUUUUUUAUAUCUAUUGAAAAUAUUUUAUUUAUUAGACAAGUACAUCCAAAUAUAUAUUAUAAUAACUGUUUAAGUGAUGUACAUGAAAAGAAUGAUAGAUCGAAAUUUGAAGUUUUAAAAAAUGAUAAUGAAAAAGAUAAACUUAUUAUUAAACAUCCCUUUUUUUUAAAAAAUUAUAAAAAUGAUUCUUCUUUACAAUAUGAACAGAAUAAUGACACAGAUAAAUUUGAAGUUAAUAAAAUAAAUAGUUUUUCGUUAUCUCAUGAUAAGAAGAAAACAAUAAAACAAAAAAAAAAUAUGUUCUAUGUAGAACCUAAUAAAUUGAUGGAAGAUAAUUCAUUUGUGGAAUUCUGUAAAAAUAUAACAUUUAUAACGUAUUUAGAUAAGGAUAAGAAAAAAAAAAAAAAAAAAAAAAAAAAAUAUAUUUAUAAGGAUAAUCAUUAUGAUGAUGUGAAAAAUCAUGUUGAUACAUUAAAAUAUGAUAAUAUGUAUAAUGUGUAUAUGAAUUUAAGGAAUGAAAAAAAUAUCAAUUUUUAUAAUGAGUUUGAUGAUAAUUGUUUGAGCGUAAAAAUCUGUUUCCUUGUAAAUUAUAUAAAAAAUAAUAUAAAUUGUGGUGAUCAUUUUAUAAAAGACGUUUUACUCGCUUGCGAAAAGGAAAAAGACGAAAUGAAGAUAUUAACAAACAAAUUGAAAAAAAUGAAGAUAUUUAGAAAAGAAGAAUUAUGUUUAUUAAAGCAAUAUGAUAAAAAGAAAUUUACACCUAUCGAUAUGGUAAAAGAAUAUUUAAAAAAAUAUAAAACGAAAAAUUUAUUUAGUGAUAAAUACUUUAAUAAUAUAUCAGAUAACAAAGAUAAUGUUAUAAAAAUGUGUGACAUGUUUAAUAUGAUAAGUAAUUACUAUUUUAAAAAAUUUUAUUUUAAUAAGUAUGAUUAUAUAUAUAUAACAUAUUUUAAAAAUAUAUUUCUAUAUAAUAAGAAAGGUUUUUUUGAUUGUACUCAAGAAAGGAAUUUAUUAUUUUUAUUUCAAAUAUUUAUAAGAAUAAAAUUAUUGUUAUUCUUUUUUAUAUCACUCUUCUAUUCUAGUGCUAGAACAUUAUCUAAUAAUUUUGUAUACAUAAUAAAAACCGAGCACAAACAUUCGCAGAUAUUAUAUGAAUUAUCGCUUCAUUUAUACUUUUUUAUUAUUUUUGUGUAUCAUCUAUUGAAUUUCCUUUUUACAGAAAAUAAGGAAUAUACGAAUAAUGAAUACAUAAAUAAUAAGCAAUGUAGCAUUUUAAAGGAACGCUUGAAAAAAAAUGAUUAUAAUAAUUUAGAAGAAUGUAAAUGCACACCUGAUUCGAUUACCUCAAGAACAGAUGUAAUUAAUAAUAUAAAGAUAAAUAAUGUACAGAAUGGUAAUGUUAUAAUGUAUAAUAAUAUUUAUUUUUUGGUAAAUAAAAAUUUAUGUUAUUUAUUCGAAAAUAUGAGUAAUCAGAAUGAUGAACAGGAUGGUUCAUAUGAGCCUAAUGAGAUAAAGGAAGAAAGUUGUACGAAAAAAAAAAAAAAUAUAAUAAAUAAUAAUAAUAAUAAUGAAAAUAAUAAUAAUCAAGAUAUUAUCAGAAAUAAUAUGACUUAUUAUUAUUUACAACUUCAUAAUAUGAUAUACUAUAUCUUAAAUAUGGUAUCCAUAUCGAUUAAUAUAUUAGCUGACAUUCAUUUCGAUUAUUUUAAAUUUCGUAAAAAAAUAUUGAAGGAUUCAUUUUUAAAAAUGAAGAAAAGAAAAAUAAAAAACAAGAACCAUAUUAUAAUUAUUAUUUCUAAUAAUAAUAACGGUUCAAAUGUAUUAUUUUUAAAAUAUAAAAAUAAAGAUAUUACCAAAAAAAAAAAUAAAAACGUAAAAAAAAAUAAAAACGUAAAAAAAAAUAAAAACUUAAAAAAAAAUAAAAACUUAAAAAAAAAUAAAAACUUAAAAAAAAAUAAAGAGUCUGUUGUAUAUGGGUUACAUAAUUUAUUAGUACCUAUAGGUAAAUUAUCUUUACCACUAGAAAUAUGCAGGCUUGAGAAACUUACAAAGAAUUCAUUUCUGUUGUUUACAGAAAGAAUUAUAUAUAUUUUCAACUUUUCAUAUAGUCAUGAUAUAAAAUUAACAUUAUUGAAUUAUCUAAAUUGUUAUAAUAAUGUAUCGUAUUUUAUAAAUACAUUAAAGUUUAGCAAAAUCGUUAAGAUGGAUAAUAAAAAUGAACAAAUUAUAUAUAAAGAUGUUGAUUGGUAUAUUCUAUCGAAAGACCGUUCUAUAUGGAAUAAAAAUGAAUUUUCAGAAAACUCAUAUGACAUGAAUAUUGAUAAGAACAGAUUUAAAAAAAAAAAUUAUAUGUGUCAUUAUAAUUACUACAACAACUUUGAAUGUAUUAAACAUUUUAAAAAUAUUCCUUAUGUUGACAGUUUUUACACGUAUAUGUUUAUUUAUUAUCACAAAUUUAAACAUUAUCAAAGCAUAUGUAGAUACUCCUAUGUAAAUUAUAAAAUUCAUAACAGUUGCUUUUUUUAUGACAUGUCAAAUAAUUAUGAACAAUAUAAAGAUAAAAGUAAAGAGGGAAUAUGCAUAAACGAUGAAGACAAAUGUUAUCAAAAUUGUGAUAUUAUAUCUGAUGAUAUAAAGAGUAAAGAAAACAAAAUAUGUAAUAUAUAUUAUAAAGAGGAUAAAGAUAUUAGCAACAAAUAUGUUAAUUUGUUUUUUGAUAAUUCAAAAAAAAUAAAAAAGAAAAAAAAGGAAAAAAAGAAAAAAAAAAAAAAUGAUUCUUUUGUUGUAUCUCUUAAUAUAAGCAAGGGGUUAUUUGAUGAAAUAUAUCAAAAUAAGAAACAUCCCUUUCUAAAAAAAAUAAAAGCCAAAAAUGGUAAUAAAAAUAAUAAUGAUGAUAAUAAUAAUAAUGAUGAUAAUAAUAAUAAUGAUAAUAACAACAACAACAAUAACAACAACAAUAACAACAACAAUAACAAUAACAAUAAUAAUAACAACAAUAACAAUAACAAUAAUAAUAAUAAUAAUAAUUGUUGUAAUUAUAUUUUUUGUGAUUAUCUUAAAUACCAUAUUAAACGUAAGAAGAAAAAAUCAUAUAUCCAUAAAAGAAUCAAUACAUUUAAUUAUAUAAAUAAUGAAAAUGCUAUCCAAAACCAUAAAUGUAAAGAUAUAAAUAAUGAUAAUUUUUCAUUUAUUAAUAAAUCAUAUAAUAAUAAAAACAGUUUCUCUGUUAUAUCAUUAAAUUCUAAGAAAAGGGAAAAGAAAAAAAAAGGACAGGGGAUAUUUAAUACUUUUUCUGUUCUUAAACAAUAUCUAAUUAUAAAUAGAAAUAUAAAUGAUAUAUAUAUAAUUACGUUAAUAUAUGAUUAUCUUAAGAAAAAGCUUGUAAUAAAUAAAGACGGUUUUCAAAAUGUUUAUAGUAUGGAUAUAAGCAAAUGUAUAGAUCAAAUAAUUUCAAGAAGUAAUAUAAUAUGUUGUAUAAAUCAAGAGAACAAAAAAAGAAGAAAAAUUAUAAUGCAAGAGAAGGAUUUAACAAUAAAUAGGUUUAAUAAUAAUAAUAAUGAUGAUGAUGAUGAUGAUGAGAAUAACACCAACAAUAAUAAUAACAACAAUAAUAACAAUAAUAAUAACAAUAAUAAUAACAAUAAUAAUAACAAUAAUAAUAACAAUAAUAAUAACAAUAAUAAUAACAAUAAUAAUAACAAUAAUAAUAACAAUAAUAAUAACAAUAAUAAUAACAACAAUAAUAACAAUAAUAAUAACAAGAGUAACAAAAAUAAUAAUAAACAAAUGCAUAUUAUUAAUACAGAAACAAAAUUUUCUUCUAAUAAUUUUAAAAAGGAUUAUUUCGAAAAAGUAGAAGAUAUUCAAGUUUAUUAUCUUUUAACAUUAUAUAAAAAAGAAUGUGAUGAAUUGUACAUGCUAAAAUCGACCAUAUUUAUUAAUAAAAAUAUAUAUCAUAACAGAUUCAAAUGUAUCCAUUAUAUUAAACAUUUUUAUCGUUUUAAUAAAUUAAAAAGUAUAAAGGAUUAUAAAUAUAAUUGUAAUAUUAUUUCUUGUCCCAUUUAUGGAGAUACUGAAAAAAGUAAUUCAUCUUUGUUUACUUUAAGAAAUAUAGAAAAAGAAAAAAAACUAAAUGAUUAUUAUAAUGAUAAAUUAUUUGAUAUAAAAAAAUUGAAGAGAAAUACCUCAUACAAAUUAAUGAUUCUUGAUAAAGCUAAUUGUACAUAUAAUUUAAGUGUAGGAUAUAAUAUUUACUUAAGCGAAAAAAAAAAAAAUAUAUAUAAUAUAGAUAUUUGGAAUAGUACAUUUUUUUAUCUUCAUUUUAAUGAAAAUAUUAAUAUUCUUUGUUUUUCUUCUUAUUUAAAAACAACUUAUAUGUUAAUUAUGUAUCAUCAUAUAUCUAAAUAUUGUGACAUAUGUAUGAAUUCAUUUAACCUUUUGGAUAAAUCAUAUAAAAAGGUGUGUAUGCAUAAAAAUUAUGUAAAGAAAAAUGAAGAUAAAUAUGGUAUAAGUAGAUAUAUAGAUGAGAAGUACAUGAUGGAUAAAAAUUAUGAUAUAAGGAAUGACAAAUAUAUAAAUCAUUAUUAUAAUGGUAAUAAUAAUAUUAACAAUAUGAAGAAGCCCACAUUUUAUAUUUUAAAUAAUGAAGAUAUGGAAAGAUAUCAUUUAAUAAAAAGCCGCAUUUUAUUUACACAAUGUAUAUAUAAUGAAGAUAAUAAGAAUUAUGUAAUUUUAAUAUUAAAUAGAUAUAGUAUGAUUAUAAAUGUGUAUAAUAUAAUAAAAAAUUAUGAUGAUGAUAAUAAUAAUGGCAAUAAUAAUAACAACAACAAUAAUAAUAAUAAUAAUAAUAAUAAUAAUAAUAAUAAUUGUAUUCCCAUCAAAUUAGAUGAUACAUUCGAAAUAACCUUUGAUAACAGCAUAACAUUUUAUUAUUACAUAAAAGAAUUCCUUUUAUUAUCGAAUAGUAAAAAUAUGGUAUUUUUAUUUUAUAUUGAUAUAAAAUAUAAUCGCUGUUCAUUAUUACACUAUUUUCAAUGUAAUGAUAUAAUAUAUUCUCUAUAUAUGUUUACAAAUUGUGAUCAGAAUUUAAGAAAAGAUGAUAACGAUAUUAAUAUAAACCCAUAUAUAUUAAUAUGUAUUGGUAUGAAGAGAUUAUGUAAGCUAUUUAUUUAUUUUUUAAAUAUGACAAACAUAAAUUAUAUAAAUAAUAUGUCUGAUGAUAAAUGUGUAAAUAAUAUUUCGGUUAAUUCAAAUAAUAAUAAUAAUAAUAAUAAUAAUAAUCAUCAUCAUCAUAAUAAUAAUAGUCAUCAUAAUAAUAAUAAUAAUCAUCAUCAUCAUAAUAAUAAUCAUCAUCAUCAUAAUAAUAAUCAUCAUCAUCAUAAUAAUAAUCAUCAUCAUCAUAAUAAUAAUAGUAAUAAUAUUUUUAAUUAUAUUUAUUAUCCAUGUCAAAAAUAUUAUAUUGAAAAAUAUAUUCAAAAUGAUCAAGAUAUAACACAUCCUGUAUCAUGUUUUCCAAUUUUUAAAAAAGGAAAUAUAGAGAAAGAAAACAAAUCAUUUAUAAUUAAUAAGAUGUAUAAUUAUAAUAUUGAUACAUUGAAUGAUGAUAUAUUUAUUACUGGUGUAUGUAAAUUAAAUAAUUUUCUUCUAGUUGGUUGUAAUAAUGGUAGUGUCAAAGUAUAUGAUUUAUUUCAGGAUAUUAAUAAAAAAGGAAAACAUAAUUUUAAAUCGAAUCAUUUAUUAUUGGAUUCUUUUCUUUUCUACAAAACUCAGAGAACUAUUAUAAAAGUAUAUGACGAAUUUGUUGUAGGAAAUGCAUGUGUUCUUUUUCUUAAUAUAUUUAAACCUAGAAGACUUAAUGUAAAGAAUAAAUGUGAUAUCCAUCAAAGUAAUAAUAUGUUGUAUGACCAUCAAGCAAAAAACUAUAAAGAGAAACAAAAAAGGUUAUAUUUUAAAAAAAAUUAUUAUGUUAUAUCAGCAUGUGAAGAUAAGUUAUAUCUUUUUCUAUCUAGCAAAAUUAAAAAAAACAACGUUUCUUACCAGAACAACAACAAUAAUAAUAAUAUUAAUGUUAGUAGUAGUAAUCAUAUGAGAGGUGAUUCUUUAAACAAAAACAAAUAUACAUUAUUUAAUAAAAUGAAAAAUAUUAUGGAUGAAUUUUUUGUAAACACUUUUAAUAUAAAAAAUAAAGAGAAAAUCGAAGAUUUAAAAGAAAGCAAAAAGAAAAACAAAAAGAAAAACAAAAAGAAAGAAAAAGUUCAAAAAGGAGAAGAUCAUAAAGAUGAAGAUCAAAAAGGAGAAGAUCAAAAAGAAGUUCAAAAGGAAGAGAGUUAUGUGGAAGAUUACUUAGAUAUUCUGAAUCACGAAGGGUUUAAGGAAAGGCCCAUUAAAAAUAAAAAUAUAUUCCUUAUGCAGUUAAUAUUUACGAAAAGAAGAAAUAAUCAAAAUAAUAAAAUACAUCAUAGUGUACAUAAUUAUAACCCCACGGAACAAUCAUCAACAUGUGAAAAAAUUAAUUAUUCAAAUGUAAAAUGUGAUGAAUAUGAAAGGAUAAAUAGUGUUGUAGGAGAAAUAAAUGACAAACAUAAUAAUAAUAAUAAUAAUAAUAAUAAUAUUUUUAUUAAUUAUGAUUAUAAUGAUGAUUAUUUUUUUGAUACCAAUUUUUCUUAUAUGCCUAAUAAAGUUAUCAAGGCGCAUCCAAAUAUUAACCCUAGAAACAUUAUUGUAAUAAAAAAUUAUAAUACAGAAGAUAAUAUAAUUUUUGACAUUAUCUUAUGUAUAAAUAAUAAAUUAUAUUUUGGCAUUAUUAAAAAAAAAAAAGACAUAUUUAGUUAUGAAGAUGUGAAUACUUUUAAAAAUAUGAACGUACAAAAAUUUGUUAAAUGUAACAAUUUGACAUAUCCAUUAAAAUAUUACCUAGAAAAUUCAUUCGUUUAUGAAAAAGAUAAAGAAAAAAAGAAUACAAGGCAAACGGCUUUUAAUAUAUAUGAUAAAGUUGUGGAUAGGAACAAAUCAUUUGACAACAUGGAUAUAUAUUACAAUAAUCAAAUGAAAGACUCAAGACAUAAUACAUUUCUUAGUAAACAUAUGAAGAAAACAAAUUAUAUAGAAGAUAGAAAGAAGCUUAGUAUGAAAAAAAAAGUAGGAUUCUAUUGUAAUAAUAAAAAUAUGUAUCUUAACAUAAAUCAUAAAAUAAUAAAACCAUAUGAAAAUAAUGUCAUUCCACAUGUUUUAGAAAUAAAAUUGAAUAAAAAUUAUAUGAUGCAUGAAUUAUUUAAUAUAUGUGAUACCCAAAAAAAAGAUGAAAUAAUUAAUUGUGUAGAAAAUAUGUUAGAAGAAAAUAAAAUAAAAUUAGAUCAUAUCCAUAAUAAAAUUAGUAAGAAUUUUUGUAAGUUAAAUUAUGAUUCUUUUGAUGAUGAUAAUGAAUAUUUAAUAUAUAUAUAUAAUAUAUUAUUUUUAAAGGAUAAUAAUCUCUUUUAUCAAAAUAAACAUAUUUUAUAUCUUCUACGUAAUCAAUAUAAGAAUUUUAAUAAUUAUAUAUAUCCCCUUAUAUUUUUUAAUAUAAUAAAUAAAAAAUAUAACUUGAAAUAUUUCUUUCAAAAUAAUUUUAUAAGAAAUAAUAUAUUUUUGCCAUAUAAUAUAAAUGAUACAAAUUAUCUUUCUAAUCUUUCAGAAAAUUUUAUUGUAAAUGUCAGAAAAGCAUUGCGCACAAUUUUUUAUUACUUAAAUUAUAAUAAUAAAAUAAAUGAUCAAAAUGUUAUGAUGUUAAAAUAUUUUGUGCAAUGUGCUUUAAAUAAUCAUGAGAUAAAAAUAGAAGAAGAUGAAAAAGAAGAUGAAAAAGAAAAAGAGAAAAAAAAAGGAAAUGAAAGAGAACAAACAAAUUAUAAUACAAACGAACAUUCUAUUAUAAAUACAAAAGAAAUAUUACAUAUUUCUAAUUACAAUAACAUAUCCACCUUAGUAGAUGGCAACGAUAAUAUAAAAAAUACAAAAAAAAAGAAAAAAGGUUUAUUAGCAGAUUAUUCUUGUAGUAUCAAUAAAAAAAAGCAGAAAAAAUCAAAAGAAAACUAUUCCAUUAUGGAUGAGAAGAAUAUCAGUAUUUAUGAUGAUAAUAUGAUUAGUAAAUCAAACCAUGAUAUAUAUAAUAACAUCAAUAAUAUUCAUAAUAUGGUUAAUCAUGUCCAUCAUUCAUAUAAUGAUAAGAAUAUAAAUGAAUAUAAGACAGAUGUUCCAUUGUAUGACUCAAGUGUAUCUAAUGAUAAGAAGAAUAGAAAUAUAUAUAUUUGGAAAAACGAAAUAAACAAAAUUGAACAAAAUAAACAAAAUGAACAAAUUGAACAAAUUGAACAGAAUGAACAAAAUGAACAAAAUGAACAAUAUGAACAAUAUGAACAACAUGAACAAAAUAAUGAAAACGCUAUCUCCUUUUUUUUACAUUACAUUCCUCUUCUACUUAAUAAAAAAAAAGACUUUUCAAGCAAACGUAAUAUGUGCUAUUAUGUUUUGGGUAGUGAAGCGGUAAGAUGUGUAUAUAAUAAUGUUAUAAAAGAAAUGAAUGGUUUUAAUGAUGAUAUGAUGUAUAUGGAUAAUUAUAAUACAUAUGAAAAAAAAGACGAACAUAAUAAAUAUAAUAAAUGUAAUGAAUGUAAUAAAUAUGAUGAAUGUUUAGAAUAUAAUACAACAUCAGAACUUAAUAAUAACCAUAUGUAUCUUCAAAAGAGAGGCACCGAUUCUAAUUAUGUUGUUGAUGAAAAUACACAAGGAAGAGAUGAAUCCUUAAAUUUUUUACUUAUUCAUUUAAAAGGUAGCAAAUAUAAUUUUAGUAAUGUAACCGAAUAUAUAAAAAUUGUAAAUCAAAAAAAAAAACAAUAUAUAAAUAAUGAUACUUCCAUUUUAAAGAAAAAGAUACCGCAACAUGAUUUUUAUAAUAUAUGUUACAAGAAUGAAUAUAUAACAAAUAAUUUUUCAUACAUGUAUAAUAUAAAUUUAGAGAGAAAAAAAAAAUAUAUAAGAAUUAAUAAAAAACAUAUUGAUAAGAAAAAAUAUUAUUAUUAUUAUCGAGGUAAAGAUAUUAAAGGACAACGAAAACGUCUUAAGCUUUAUUUUUCAAAACCUGCAUCAUCUUACAUUUUAAAAAAUAAAGAGAAAAAGGAAAAAAGGAAAAAUAACGAAACGUAUGGUUGCUUAUUCAUAUUUUUAAAUAAUAUAAGUUAUCAUGUUAAAUAUUUAACUAUUUGUAAGUUAAAAAAAAAAAUUAAUUGUAAACUAAAUUUUUGUUCGGAUGAUUUUUUUUUUAUACUCAAGUUUUCUUAUAAUUAUGUAUUUCUGUUAAAUAUUCAAAAAAAAAAAAAUGUAUGUUUUUGGAUAAAUAUAAAACAUAUACAUAAAAAUAUGAUGAUUCUCAAAAUGUUAGACACAAGAAAAUACAAAAAUAAAAAUAAAAAUAACAAGGACAAGGACAAAGACAAAGACAAUAUCUGCUUUCAGUGUAUACCGUUUAAAGAUGUGAAGGAUAAUUAUGUUCAAGCCUUUUCACCGUGUUAUUAUGAAGAAAGGAAAAAAGGCAUUAUGAAAGAAAUAGGUAAGACACCAUGUAAUGUUGAGGAUAAUCACCAUAUUGUAGUUUUUAAAAAUGUCAAGAGAGAAAAUAUAAUGAAGAUGUUUUAUGAAAAUAAGAAUAAUAUAACUCCAUUAUAUUAUUUAAGUAAAAAUAUGAGAAAUAUUAAAGUGUUUAUGAAUAAGUAUAUUAUAUAUACACAAGAAAAUUAUGUUAUUUUAUUAAAAAUUACAUUGUUUAAAUAUAAGAAAAAGAAAAAGAAAAAUAAAAAAGAAUGUAAUAGGAGAAUUAAAUGUAUAAUUAAUGAAUAUUUAAAAGUAUUUAAAGGUGAAAAUAAUAUAAAUUUUUCGCAAAAAGAAGAAGAAAAUGACAAUAAUAAUAAUAAUAAUGAUGAUAGUAUAAAAAUGUGUAAUAUAUUUAACACUCUAUUAAAAAAUCAAAAAAUUCUAAAAAAAAAAAAGAAACAAAAAAAUAGUAUGAGUGAAAAGGAUUAUUUACUAAGCCUUAUGAAAAGUAAAAAAUCUGCUUUAAGAAGGUUGGAAGGUUUGAACGACGAAGAAGAACAAGCAGAAGAUGAUAAUUGGAAUUAUAAUAAUGAAGAAAGUGAAGACAAUGAAGAUAGUGUGAAGAGUGAGGAUAGUGAGAAUAGCAAAUGUGAAGAAGAAAAUACGGAUGAUUAUAUGCUUAAUUUUGAACAAAUAUAUAAUAGUUAUAAUAAUAUUGAAACCACUUCAUUUUUCUCAAAAUUGUUUCAUGGAACCGAAUAUUUUAAUAUUAUGAACAAAAAAAAAAAAAAAAAAAAAAAGUACUGUUCAAGGUUGUCAAAGUAUGUUUUUGAAAAUCGUUUUAGUUAUAAAGAAAAAGAAUUUUUUUACAAUUUAAAAUAUGAGGUUGUUGAAUAUUAUAAAUAUGCUGAAAAUAAUGAAUUUAUUAAUGAUCUACAAGUAUUUGAAAAUAAAAUAUUAAUAACAACAUCAAAAUAUAUUUCUGUAUAUAUUUAUAAUGAACAACAAAAUGAAUUUUCUUUAUUAUGUUGUAAUUUUUUAUCAAAUAUUAAUAAUAAUAUAUGUAUAAAUGAAAAAUAUAAUAAAUCAUAUAUUUAUCGAAAUAUGUUUGAUUUUGUUAAAGUAAUAUCUAAGAAAUAUAUGACAUUAUAUAAUAUGAUUAAUAGUAAAAAUUUAAUAUAUAUAGCUAGCUUAAAAUUUAUAAAUAAUAUAAAAUUUAUUUUUGAAAAUAAAUUGUUUUAUAAUAUUAUGGGAUAUAAUUUAAAUAUAAAUAAAGAUGAGAAUAUAUUAGAAAGUGUGAGAAAAUAUCAUAAAUUUUAUUCAAGUUAUUUUGUAGUAGAUAAAAAAUAUAAUAAUAUAUUUAACAUAUAUUAUACAUGCUUAAAGGAUAAAAAUGAAAAGUUUAAAGAAGUCAAAGAGGAGGAACCUAAUGUAGAAAAUCAAAAGUAUAAUUAUUUUUAUGAUGAAAAUAGACACAUAGAAAUAUGUUACGAUUUGAUGUUAUUUUUUCAAUUAUUAAUAAUAGCAAAAGAGAUAAAUAAAAAAAAUUAUUAUAAUAUAAUGAAUAUAAAAAAAUGGAAAUCAUAUUUAAAAAAAUAUAUAUAUAAUAAUACUGCUGAAAAAAAUAAUAAAUAUGACAAGCACAAUAAUAAUAAUAAUAAUAAUAAUCAUAUAUUUGUAAAAUAUAUUAACAUUUUAAACAUAUUUAUUGAUCGAAUAUUUAUAUCAUUAAAUAAAAAAUUUAUUUUUUUCAAAAGUGUGUAUAAAAAUAAAUCUAUAAACGAAUUUUUGCUGGAAUUAAAAUUUAAAGUAUUUAAUCGAUUAUUAAAAUUAAAUUCUUAUGAAUUCUCAGACGGAAAGAAUGCCAUAGAUAUAUUAAAUGAUAUAUAUGAACAAAAAUGUAAUAGAAAUAUGUCUUAUUUUUUCCUUAUGAAUGUAAUACGAGAUCAUUAUGAUAGUUUUAAAUGUCAACCUUAUAAUAUGAAAUAUUAUGAGGAAAAUAUAAAUAAUAAAGAAAACAUUAUACAUAAACAAAAUAAAAGUAAAAAUAAAAAAAAAGAUUAUCAUAAUAUUCAAAAUAAUUUUAAUGCAAAUAAUAUAGAUAAUAUAUCUCAUAUAUUCAAAUAUGAAAAAUACAUAAAGGAUAAUUUUCAUAACAAAAAUAAUGAAAUACAACAAGAGAAUCCAACAAAAAGAUUAAAAACAUUUGAAUAUAAUAUGAUACACAAUAUAAAAUAUAUCAAUAAAUAUCGUAUGGAUAAUAUAUAUAAUUAUAAUGAUAUAAUAAAAAAUAAUGUAAAAGAUAAAGUUCAUUAUAAAAUUGAUUUUUAUCAUUUUAUAGAUAAGAAUUCUUUUAUGAAUAUAAAAAAUCAUAAUAUAAAUAAUUAUAAUAUGAAAUAUAAUAAUAUUAAAUAUCAUAAGAUUAAAUAUAAUAAUAUUAAAUAUAAUCAUAUGCAAUAUAAUAACAAAUUAUUAUUAUCCAAUUAUCAUCAAUUUAAUACAAAUAUAAAUUCACUUUAUUUCACAUAUUUACAUUUUUUUAUUUAUAUAACUAAUCAUCCAUAUAUUUUUUUCCAUAUCAAAAAAUAUUUACAUUUUCAUAACCUAUCUACAAAUUUCAUCAAAAAUAAAAUAUAUUAUUUUAAUAUGGACCUCUUAAAUAUUAUUUUUAAUUUGGAUAGCACAGCUUUGGAAGAAUUAAAAAAUAUUUUAACAUUCUUUCCUUCGAACCCAUCUAUUGACGAGAUAUAUAAAGCAGUUUAUUUGUUGUCUAUGCCUUUUUGUAAUACAUAA